AUUGAAAAAAUACUCUCGUCUCUCACACAUUGGCAUAUUGGUAUUGGUUUGAAAUGCAUGCAAAAACAAAAUAAAAUGUGGAGUUACGUAUUAUUUUCAUUAGUGAUUUUAUCAAUUUCAUUGAUUUGCCAUCGUAUUUAUAAUGAACCAAUUAGCCUUAUCGAUAAACCAAAUGAGUCCUACGAUUAUAUUAUCGUAGGAGCCGGUACUGCUGGAUGUGUUUUAGCAUCGAGACUAUCGGAAAAUGCAAAUUCAACGGUUUUAUUAGUUGAAGCAGGUGGACAAUUUAAUUGGUUUUCAACAGUGCCUUUAGCAGCUCCGGUUUUAUUUAAUUCCCAUGUGGAUUGGGCUUUUAAAACCGAACCACAAUGGUACUCAUCGAAAGGACUUCACGAUCAUAGGCAAAAAUGGCCACGUGGAAAAGGAUUGGGCGGAAGUGGACAAUUAAAUUUUUUGGCACAUUCAUUUGGUAAGGCGGAGGAUUUUACAAAAUGGCCCGGGGGAUGGUCAUUUUUUGAUUUACAACCAUAUUUUAAAAAAGUUUCCGCAAUAAUGAAUGUGAGAAAAAUUUCAUCCGACGAUGAAUUGGCAAAUGCUGUUAUUGGUGCGGGUGAAAAAUUUAAAAAAGAAGGUGCCAAUUUUAUACCAGCAAGUGAUACAUUAAACGAUGGAAGUCGAUGGAGUAGUUUUAAUGCAUAUUUACAGAGAGCAUGGAAUAGAGAAAAUUUACAUAUUUUGACAAAUACACUCGUCACAAAGAUUGUUAUGGGAACAAAUUCAAAAAUUGAGGGAAUAGAAAUAAAAUAUGAAAACGGAAGUCGCGGGAAAGUUAUUGCAAAAAAUGAAGUUAUACUUUCCGGUGGAACAAUAAAUUCUCCACAAUUAUUAAUGGUAUCAGGAAUUGGACCAUCGAUGGAGCUCAAAAAACAUAACAUUACGAUUGUUAAAGAAAUUUUAGGAGUUGGUCAAAAUCUUUUUGAUCAUUUAAAUAUGCCACUGUACGUUUUUCUCGAGGCACCAUUUACAAUUACAAUUAAAAAAAUUCAAAGUAUUUCGACAUUAUUGCAAUAUUUUAUUUUUGGAACUGGACUUUUAACAACCAAUGGAAUAAAAGCAGUUGGUCGUAAAAAUAAUAGUGGUUUUAUGAUUUUUGCCGGUGCAUCGACAGAUGAAAAAUUAUUAAAAGAUAUUGGUAAUUAUCGAACAGAGGUUUUUAGAUCACUUUAUCCAACUUAUAACAAUACAUCACAAGAGGGAUUAUUAAUGUUAACGAGUUGCUAUCAACCAAAAAGUAGAGGGAACAUUACUCUAAAAUCGGAUAAUAUUUUAGAUCCACCUGCAAUUGAUCCUUCAUAUUUGGAACACGAUGACGAUAUUAAAUGCUCCCAAGAAGGUGUGAAAUUAGCGCUGAAAAUUGUCGAAAGUGAGGAAUUUCGUAAAUUAGGAGCUAAACUUCAUGUUCCAAAUUUGAAAAAUUGCCCACCAUCGAAUAAUAAUUAUUGGGAUGACAAUUUUUCCGAAUGUGUAAUUAGAAUUGGUGGAAUUGCAAGUUAUCAUCCGGGUGGUACAUGUAAAAUGGGAACCGGAAGUGAUGCAGUCGUUGAUACAAAAUUACGAGUAAAAGGUAUUAAAGGUUUGAGAAUAGUUGACGGAAGUGUUUUUCCUUCGCCUAUUUCCGGACAUCCUAACAGUGUUAUAAUUGCAUUGGCGGAAAGAGCAGCGGAUUUUAUAAUUGACAAACGGAAUUGAAAUUGAGAAAAAAAAAAUAUUAUUUUCAUAUACAAAUAUUGUAAUAUGCGAAAAAAAAUUUUUUUUUUUCCUUUUAUUUACUUAAUCAAAAAAUAUUGUAUAAAAUAAAGAUAAUUAUUUUAUUA